AUGUCGAUCUACGGUGACAGCCAUAAUAACUCUCCUCUGACCUACGAACCCGUCGUUCCUGCGGAUCUUACUCGUGCUUCUUACCACAGCGCAAUGGGAGCUCCGCCGCAGCACACAACACAGGAGACCCGCAGCUCCUCUGAGAGCAGCGGUGCUUCGCUGAAGAGUCCUCGCACAACUCGCUUCGCUGAGGCUACGACGAUCCACUCGCCUAUCGAGCAGACUGCCCAAUCUCCCUUUGCCGAUCCUCCCAAGACACAGUCUGGUGGUGUCGGUGAUGUAGGUUUCGGGUAUGUCAACGACCACGCACAAGCAGAGGAUACGAUGCCUCCAGCAUCGCCACUGCGAACCGGAUUGAGGGUACCCAAAUCAGCAGUGUCGUUGAACCCCCUCAGCCCCACCUUCCGUGAGGAAUACAUGCUGGGGAAGCAGGAGAAAAACGCCGAAAAGGAGAACGCUCGUGAUUUGAGGAUCAAGCUUCGCGUUCGUAUCGCGAAGAUAUUCCUUCGUUUCGUGAACUUCGGCUGUAGCCUGAUCGUGUUGUCUCUGUUGACAGUGACACUCACCGUCUUCAACGCAACUAAAACUAUCCCGGCACGAAACAGUCUGCCUGCUUGGGCAGAGGGAACGAACCCUUGGGCUCAAUACUUGCUUUUAGGCAUGUCGUGCCUCUCACUCGUUGCUUGUAUAAUUGUCUUCUGGGGAUACUGGAAGGGCGGCCAUCGACGGGCUGAAAAGACCGCCAUCUACUAUACCACUUUCUCAAUCUGUUUUUUCUUCUUCAGUUUGGUUAUGUGGAUUGUUGGCGCAGCCAUCUACGAGCACUCCAAGUCCUCUGGCAACAAUAAAGACAUGUGGGGUUGGUCUUGCGCUCAGAAUACACGUGAGGAGAUCUACCACAAUGUGGUUGAUUAUGCUCUUUUGUGUCGUCUUCAGGACUGGGGCCUCGUAUGCGCCAUUAUUGAAGUCGUCAUCGAAGUUCUUGCCAUUUUGAUCUACGUCGUCGUGUUGUACCGUAUCUGGACCAAGCGCCGUCUCAUGAAGUCAAUGGACCGCCGCGACAAUGCACGCAACGAUCUUUACCUGGCACAAUUGCACAUCCAGUCCGCCCCCAAUACCCCAGGCUUCGCAGGGUUCUCAUCCUACCCGCCCAAGUCACCCUUCUAUGCCGCUCACGCGAUUGACCCAUAUUCGUGCGCGGAGAAAGGUGAGCUGAACACGACGACCCAGUACGCCUCGCCUCGCUCGCCAACGCGCCCGGUCCCGAGUUUCCAGCUUCAGGCCCCGCCCAUUAAGAUCCAGCAGCCCACACCGCAGAUGGCCCAGGAUGGAUUCCAUUCUCCGCCUAUUCCUGCAGCCCCUUCGACAUAUUCCAAAUCUCCAUCUCCGCCGCCAAGUGAGCCACAGCACAUGGCUGCUGCACCGGGCGAGACGGAUUACGGCGCCGUGCCUAUUCCGAACGCCUAUGCCAGCCCUAUGAUGCCGGCUUUCCCAUCUGCGGUGCACAAGUAG